AGGGCAUCUCUUCCCACUCACCUACCGCACUUUUCCAUCAUGUUCAUGACAUGUUCAGGCAAGCUUCAACAGAUGAUGGUAGAUGUCCUCAGCCAAGUCGAGCAGCUGCGUAACGAGAUGCAGCGAAGCUCCAACUCCUGUAGCGCUCCCUCGCACAAUGGCGGAGUCAUGAGCUCGUCGCAUGCUCACCACGGAGGACAUCACCAUCACCAUCACAUGAGCCUCUCAGCCUACAGCAUACCCAUCUUCCAUGUUGUUGUCGACCUGCUGAACAUCAUCGGCGUCGCCAUCAUGGUCUUCUCGACCAUGGGCGUCAUCAUCCCAGUGAUCCGCGACAUUCUCCCCGGCUUCUUCCUCCACUCCCUCAGCGCCACCGCGCAGGAGAGCAUCUUGACAUGCCGCAUGCAGCUCAGCCGGGGCAUCAUGCUUGGGAUGGACUUCAUGGUGGGAGCGGACGUGAUCGAGACGGUGUUCGGAGAGGUGGACAUGGUGAAGCUGAUCUUGGUGGUGGCGAUCCGAUCCUGGCUGGGAUGGGAAAGAGGCAAAGAGAUGGAGCACAUGACGCACGAGCUGCAGCACUGGAAGAAAGCUAGAGGAGCGCUGCUGGGUGAGCUCGGGGACGGUCUGACAGUCCAGAACUUCGCAGAGCGAGUACGGUCAGUGUUCGACAACUUCGACAACGACAAGAACGGGAGCAUCGACGAGGAGGAGCUGUACCAUGCGCUGGUUGAGCAUCGGGGUGCAGACGACGAAGCAGGAAGUGAAGAA